AUGGACCUUGGCAAGCUUAAAUACUUUCUUGGAUUGGAAAUUGCAAGAUCUAAUCAAGGUAUAUAUCUCAAUCAAAGGAAAUAUACCUUAGAAUUUCUUGAGGAAAGUGGCUUAUUGGCUACUAAGCCUAGUACCACUCCCUUUUAUUGCUCCUUGAUGCUUCAUGACAGUGAAUCACCACCUCAUGAAGAUGAAACAGCUUAUAGGAGGCUUGUCGGAAAAUUGUUAUAUUUAACUACAACAAGACCUGACAUUGCCUUCAUUGUUCAGCACCUUAGUCGAUUCAUAUCUAAGCCUUUACAAGUUCAUCAUUCAGCAGCAAUUAGAGUUCUCAAAUAUCUCAAAGGGGCUCUUGCCAAGGGAUUAUUCUAUUCUUUCUCAUCAACACUAAAAUUCUCUGGCUUUACAGACUCAGAUUGGGCAAGUUGUCCUGCUACUCGCAGAUCAGUGACUGGUUAUUGUGUCUUUAUUGGCACAUCUCUAGUGUCCUGGAAAUCCAAAAAGAAAUCCACAGUCUCAAGGUCCAGUUCAGAAGCAGAAUAUAGAGCUUUGGUUAGCUUAUCUUAUGAAUUACAAUGGCUGCAAUAUUUGUUCCAGGAUCUUCACAUCUCUAUUGAUGAACCUAGCUCAGUAUAUUGUGAUAACAAGAGUGCUAUCUACCUUGACUGUCAUGUCAUUCGUGAGAAAAUUCAAAAUGGACUCAUUCACCUCCUGCCAGUUUCUUCUGUUGCACAAUCGACAGAUGUGCUUACCAAGCCACUGCAUGUUGCCUCAUUCACUUCAUUGGUUUCCAAGCUUGGCCUAUUAGACAUCCAUAGUCCAGCUUGUGAGGGAUAUUACAUGAUGUAA